AUGUCCUUUUCCAAGUACAUUGUUCCUGCCUUGUUGGCAUCUGGCGCCGCCAUGGCUGCCUCAUCCGAUAACUGUGGUACUUCGGGCUCGACCACCAACAUCACCUCCCAGUCCGAUGCCGAUGCCCUCUCCUCUUGCACCACUGUCAAGGGUGAUAUUGCGCUCAUCCCCGGCAUCUCUAAUGGAAUUACAUUCAACGGUAUUGAGCAAAUUACUGGUAGCUUGAUCGCCACUGAUGUGACCAACCUGACCUCCCUCUCUGCUCCGGAUCUCACUUCCAUUGCCGACGAAUUCCACCUGGAGAGCAUCAUUCUGUUGACAUCUCUUUCGUUCCCCGAGCUCACUUCCGUUGGUUCCAUCAGCUUCGAGGCUCUACCCAACCUCCAAAGCUUGACCUUCACCACAGGUGUCAACAAAUCUGGCAGCGUUAGCAUUACCAACACUGGAUUGACUUCCUUGUCUGGUAUCGAGCUUGACACUGUCGGUGACUUUGAUCUGACUGCUAACACUGCCUUGACCUCCGUCAAUGUCAACAACAUCAAGAACAUCACUGGUACUCUGAUCAUUUCGGCUAACAGCAACAAAUUGGAUGUCGAGUUCCCCAACCUGGUUACUGCCUCCAACAUGACCUUCCGCAACACCAGUACCAUCUCCGUUCCCUCCCUUGCCAACCUCACUGGUGAAUUAGGUCUUUUCGGAAACUACAUCACCAACUUCACUGCCCCCAACCUGACGACCUGCGCCGAUUUGGACUUCGAGGACAACUCCAAGCUUGCUAGCAUUUCGCUUCCAGAGCUUGUCCAUGUCACCGGUGGUCUCGCCAUCUCCAACAAUGCCGACCUGAUGACCAUUAAUUUCCCUAAGCUGUCCACCGUUGCUGGUGCCAUCGAUAUCACUGGAGACUACACCAAUGUGAGCUUACCUUCUCUUACUGAAGUCAAGGGAGGUUUCAACGCUGAGAGCACCGGUAACUUCUCUUGCUCUGCCUUCAACAAACUCGACGACGACAACGUCAUCAGCGGUUCCUACACUUGCAACACUACUUCUCACCCCACGAACCUCGACGGCAGCUCUGGCAGCUCUAGCACCACCAGCAGCUCCUCCUCUGCUUCAGCUACUUCCAGCGGUGCUGCCGUCGGCAAUGUCGCCAUUCCUUCAGUGGGCUUCACCGCGCUCGUUGGUGCUCUCCUGUCUCUCUUGAUGUAA